UGUGGUGUUUUAGAGUGGUGUGAACCCAAAUUUUAUAAAAUUUAAAUGCCAUUUAAUUAAGAGGUCAAGUGGGCAAGUGGGUAGAAAAGCACUCAAGUACCUUGUGAUAUUUUGAAGAGUAUUGUGAGCAAUUCCCACACUAAGAACCGAUCACUCUCCAUCUCUCAUUCACUAUCAUCUUUUUUGAAGACCUCUCAAAGUGUUCUCUCCAUUUUUCAAGCCCAAGAACACCAAGGAAACUUUGAGGCUAAGUCUUGGUCUAGGAAGUAUUUUCCCUAAGGUAAACUUUCACUAAUCUAGGCUUUUGUAAAGUUUUAAGCAUAGAGUUUCAAAUAGCUAAUUGACUAUGUUGUUGGGGGAAGUUUGUUAGGGUUUUUGAAAGGUUUUGAAGGAGUCAAAGCUUAUAGGAAGGUCCAAACCUUAAGCAAGAACACCAAAGAGGUAAGAGCAAGGGCAAGGCAGAGCAGUGAGCGCUGGAGUCUUCCUUGCAAAUGUACAUGUGGACCGACCUUUUGGGAAGCCUUUUUAUUUUUGGAAAUGUUGUGUAAUUUUCCUAAACUAGGCUCACUCUAAUCUUUAUAAAACAUGUUUGUAACUAAAUGUUAAGUAUGGCCAUACGACUUUUUAAAAAGUUUUUUUUUCUAUGGGUUUUUGAGACAUUUUGUUAAAUGAAAACAUUUAUAUUUCCGCAUUAUCGAGUCUUGAAAAUCCGGGUCGUUACACUUCUACCUCGCAACCGAGGAGGGAAUUCUUUGAGGCUGACCACUACUGGAGCUCGGUCACCUCGAUAAAUCAGAUAACUAAUAUCCUGGCCUUCCAUGGUCUCAGGUUGUCAAGCUCCUUAAGGUGUCGAGCUCCAACCUCUAGUGAACGAAGCUGCUAUGCUCCAGGGAAUGGAAACCCUGACAACAGGUUGAGGUAUGCGGCAUGGAGUCAGGAGCACAUGAAGGCAGGAGCACUAUCGCCUUUGAAGUCUUUCUUCAAGGACUUCACGGACUUUGUUGGGUUGGCUCCGUUCCAGCUCAACACUAAUUCUUACAGGGUUUUGUCUGCCCUGAGGUCGUUAUACCACGAGUUGGAGUGGAAAGGACCUUCACCAAAGGAGAUUUUGUAUCUCUUUUUUUCUGAAAAGCAAUCCCUCCAGAGCUCAGGGAGGAGACGGCUUCUACUAUCUCUCGAGCUACCCCAAAGAGAAAAAGGUGUUUGAGGACCUUCCUAACCAUCCACCUGACUUUAAGAAAGCCUUCUUCUGGAUAGAUGGCUUGUCCCCGUCUCGAUACUACUCAUUCAGACGAAUUCGUAAGUACCCCAACCUUCUUUAUUUUUGUGCUCGGACUUCUGUCUGUAGGUUGUACUUAGUUGAAAUGUGUUUUGUUUUCCAGCCAACUUUCACCGUCCUACUCCCGAUGACGUGAUGAAGGAGCAUAGAGAGGCUCUACUUCAACUCCCUUAUGGCAAGAGGUCUCUGUCAUAUCUUUUGCAUGAGAGUAAGCUCCGAGCCUGCGGGCUUUUGGGAGAUGGCCAGUCCACCUCGGACUGGUCCAACAAAAAGUACGACCACUGGGAGCUCAUGCCUUUGCCAACAGGCAUCCUCCCUCCAAGGAGAGAGGUGAGGCCCCCGCCUCCAGCUUGCCGAAGAAGCCCGCAAUCGAGGAACGAGGCUAACGAUGAAGCCUCAAGCUCGGACUCGGAUGAUCAAGGUACAGUCAUCCUUAGCUCGAAAAUGUGGUCCCCCACCUUAUUAAAACACAAACCCGAUAGGUUAGUUUUUUGCCCGGAUGAUAGGGACCACUUCUAUAUAUGGACUUGGGUAGAUGACCGAGUUCAUAGGUUUGAUAGUUGGCUCGGGAAGUAUGACACUAUGUACAGUCUGAACGAGGUGUGGGACGGGAUAGCCGUCCAAUAUGGGACCAAUGACUAUAGGGACCUUUCAAGGUUGACGUCCACCUAUAGGGAAGGUACUCCCCCCGCCUCUUUUGAAGAUGGGGGAAUUUCAUGGUCUCUGAGCUCAAGCUCAGGGGAGAGUUCCAGUGCUAUGGAUCCCGACCUUGACGUUGUGCUUUUCAGUGAUGAGGGAGCUGGAGCUCAAAAGAGUAAGCGCCCGAGAGCCUCGCGGAGGUCCGAUCGGCCAUCCAAGGUCCCCAGACGCACCGAGAAGACCCCAACGGCUCAGGCUGCUGCGAGCACAGUCGAGGAGCCGAAUGUCCAGGUCGAUGCAUCUGUUUUGACCGCGCCCACCUUGCUUCCUCCAGCCGCAACUCAAAUAACAAUUGGCCGACCUCCAAAGAAACCCUCCAUCUCCAAGGUCCUCCUGCCGACGGCCCGACCUCAUGUUGAAGAGUUCGUGCUUGACGGUGAUGCUGGGACCCAAGGGGCUGUGCUUAGCUCGGACGUUCUCUCUCGAGUAGGUCAGAGUUUUUCAGGCUUCGGCGCUGACCACUGGGAUCUAGUGCACAAGGCCCCAGACUGUAAUACUCUUUAUGAUAAGAGUAUUGAACUUACUGCCGCGGCCCUCGUCGUUUCAGCACAGCUUAAUUAUAAGCUGACCAACGAGGUGCAUACGAGCAUGUCUCUGGCCCAAGAGUCGAGAGAUCUCCAGCUUAAGAUGGCUGAUGAACUCAAAGACUCGAAGACCGAGCUUGAGAAGGUGAAGGCCGAGCUCGAACAGGGGAAGACUUGUCUUGCGGAGCUGGAGAAGAUAAAGGCCGAGCUUGAACAGGCGAAGACUCGUCUUGCGGAGCUGGAGAAGGCUAAUGCUAAACUCGAGGAGGAGAAAGCUGCCACUUUCGAGAUAAUGGAAGGUGAGAAGGCCCGCCUUCUUGACGAGUUCAAAGAGCAGAAGGAAAAAGCGAUCGACCAGGCCAUGUACAAAAUUUGGGUUGACAAUGCCGACCUCGACACUAGCUUCCUGGGUCCUCUUGAGGCGAAGUAUGUAGAGCGGUGGAAUGCCCGUCUUGAGGCGAGUGAAGCUGCUCGGGAGGCUGCUCAGAAGGAUAGUCAUGCUAUUCGUCCUGGGGGGUCUAGUGUCGUUGAUGUUGAGAAGGCCAAGGGAACUGCUCCUUCUUGAACCUUACCUCGGGGCUGCGUCCCUUUAUCUUUGUAAUUACUUUAAUUUAUGCCUGUAGGGCUGAUACAAUUUUUUUUAUUUUAAUACAUAUGCUUUACAUUUCUUGGUUCGAAAUAUUUUGCACAUUUUAUAUUAAAGAAUCGUAU